UCUCCGCCACGCCCACGCUCGGCGCAUGUUUGCAGCAUGGCGUCGUCGGCUAAGAAGAGGGCGGUAGGUCUGGGGGAGAAUCCCCGGGAAAGCGACGACAGCACGGACGAGAGUCUGGGGGAAGACGGCGAUUCCACCGGGGAGGACAGCCAAGCGUCCGAAGAGGAGAUUAACGAGGAGGUGACGGUGGACUUCGAAGCCCACGCCGUUUCACGCAACGACUACAAUGGCAUCAAGAAGCUCUUACAACAGCUGUUUCUGAAGGCUCAUGUCAAUACGUCAGAGAUGACCGACAUCAUUAUCCAGCAGAACCAUGUCGGAAGUGUCAUCAAGCAAGCAGAGGUGCCCGAAGACAGCGACGACGACGACCCAGAUGAAGUGUUUGGCUUCAUCACCAUGCUGAACCUCACAGAACGAAAGGGUGUGCAGUGCGUGGAGCAGUUGAAAGAGCUGAUCCUGGACCAGUGCGAGAAGAGCUCGGGCCGCGCCGCCGCCGAGCAGCUGGAGCAGACGCUCGGCGACACGGCCGAGCCCGUCGGCCUCCUGCUCAGCGAGCGCUUCGUCAACGUGCCGCCGCAGAUCGCGCUGCCGCUGCACAAGCAGCUACAGGAGGAGAUCCGUGAAGCUGAGCGAACCAACAAGCCCAGCGGGAAGUACCACUACUGCCUGAUGAUCAGCAAGACCUGCAAGGAGGUCGGCAAGAGCGUUCCCGCCAGAGGCUCCGCCCCCAAGGACGAAUACAUGUUUAUCAAUGCUGAGGAGGAAUUCUUCUACGAGCACGCCGUCUCCAAGUUCCACUUCUCGGUUCAGGAGGACGCCGACUCGUGCUUGAGCGGCCGCUGGUCCUUCGACGACGUUCCCAUGAAGCCGUUCCGCACGGUCAUGUUGAUCCCGGUGGACCGGAUGUCCGCCGUCAUGGACAAACUCAAAGAAUAUCUGACCGUGUGACGAGCGGUUGCGUCACCGAAUAAAGGCCGGGAGGAAUUCCCCUCAUCCCCGGGAAAAAAAAAAAACGGACAGUCAUUAUUAUUACAGUAAAGAUUUAAUACACAUGCAAUGGCAGUGACUAUACAGCAGGGUGGGGGAGGAAACUUUUGGAAGUCCUCUGAAAUUGUUUGUGCUUUUUAAAGAAUUUCACAGUGUACUAGAUUCAAUUAAGUUUUCCAGACAUGUGCUAUACAGUUUAAAAAUUGUUUACGUGUAAAAAAAAAAAAAAAAAAAAACUAGCGAAAACGGUUGCAGAUGAGUAUGAAAAAACUCAUAUGGGAUUUAAUUAAUUUACUCACAUUGUGCUAUAGUUAAAAUAUUUUUACAAAGUUAGCUAUGUUAGUGUUAGCCACAUUAACAUGGCUCGCAAAUGUAAUGAUUUAUGCAGGGCAAACUAAAGCAACGAGUAACAUUUGCUAUUUGUCUUUUCAAGGAAAACUAGCUCACUCAGAGGCGUUAAUGCUAGUUAGCAUUAACCACAAUAGCACGACUCGGGAAAUUUAUGAUUGAAGAAUUGCUUGAAUUACGAUUUCUGUUUACAAUUUUGUAUUUUUAUUUAUUUAUUUUUUUUAAGAAAAAAAUAAUUCUUGAGAGGAUGUCACG